AUGAAGAAUACAAUUAUCCUGUUUACCCUCCUGUCAUCCUUCUUUGAGGGGACAUCCGCUUACCCUAUGGACCCUCUCCCGUCCCUUCGAUUUGUGACAAUUGGUGAUUGGGGAGGCAUCCCCUUGCCGCCCUACUACACCAAGCAGGAAACACUGGUUGCAGAUGAGAUGGGUAAAAUUGUGGCCAAAUGGGGUGCGGAUUUCGUUCUUACUGUUGGAGACAAUUUCUACUAUGAUGGCGUCACAGAUGUAACGGAUUUCAGAUUUAAGGUGACAAAGAUUUGUACUCCUCGCAUGCACACACUCCAUUUCAAUAGACCUCAUAAGAUAGAUUUUUAUAAUUAUGUUUAAGAUCAGUGGUGGAACUACUGCCAGGGGGCCAUCCGACAGCAAUGUGUCUUGAGGGGCCGGCUCUCUGACAUUUUAAUAGUGGGACUGGAACCUUCUGAUAAUGGCAACGCUGGGAGACAGCGAGAGCAGAUAAACACUGAGCUACACAGACGAGACAUAGCAGAGAGAAGGGGGCCGGAUUGGGAGAGCCAGCUCAUAAAACAUAGCGUGACAGUGUAUAAGUGUGUACAUUAAGUAGAUUGCACUCACAAACAUGCAGCAAGCAAGAACGCCUCAGAAAAUCCUCCACCGAACCCACUAAGGAGCCAGGGCCUGAUUUUACCUCCUCAGUGCACCAGAAACGAACCAGGUAUUAGAAUCUGGAUCAGUGGUAUAAAUUUAUUUACAAAUAAAAUACAAUUUCUUAUUUUAAAAUAGAGGGGGGGGGGGAAGAGGUGGAAGCAGGUGAGUGUGGAGAUCUAUCUAGGUAAUUCUGGACUGCCUAGGUAAUAUGUGCUGGGGAUGGAACUUGCCCCUGGCACACAAUUGCCAAUAAUUCCAUAUGUACAGUGUUUUAAACUGAAACCCUGCACAUACUGACUCCUACCACCAGGACCACUUCAAAUCACUAAAAUGGUCAUGGUGGUUGAAGUAACCCUUUAACCCCUUAAGGACACAUGACGUGUGACAUGUCAUGAUUCCCUUUUAUUCCAGAAGUUUGGUCCUUAAGGGGUUAAAAGAACACUAUUACUUAAAGGACCACUAUAGUGCCAGGAAAACAUACUCGUUUUCCUGGCACUAUAGUGCCCUGAGGGUGCCCCCACCCUCAGGGACCCCCUCCCGUCCGGCUCUGGAAGGGGGAAAGGGGUUUUAAAAACUUGCCUUUUCAGCUGGGCAGGCUCUCCUCUCCUCUCCGCCUCGUUCGCCCGCUGGCUGCGCUUGCAGCGGCAAGAGCUCUUGGCGCGUUCAGCCAGUAUCUCAUAAAGCAUUUACAAUGCUUUCCUAUGAACACUAGCGUGCUCUCCUCAGAUUUUUCACAGUGGAGCACAUAGCGCCUCUAGUGGCUGUCAAUGAGACAGCCACUAGAGGAUUAGGGGGAAGGCUUAACCCAUUCAUAAUUAUAGCAGUUUCUCUGAAACUGCUAUAAUUAUGAAAAAAUGAGUUAACCCUAGAAGGACCUGGCACCCAGACCACUUCAUUAAGCUGAAGUGGUCUGGGUGCCUAGAGUGGUCCUUUAAAAUAUUUUCCUAAGUCCUUACAUAGCUACCUAGGCUGAUUUGACUUGUGCUAUCAAACUGAUCCUCUACUUUGCUGCCCAAUUAUUAGCAUGACCUUCCAUGUUUGUGUUCAGCAGUGUCUAAUUUGAUGCCUUUCACAGAAAAGAAUUGGACUGUAUAGAGCAUGCUGGUAUAUUUUGUUUGAAGUGUAAUAACAUGAUUAAACGGAUGCUCACAGCACCACUGUAAUCAUAAUAAGGAGUCAAACCAUUUUAGAAUUCUUUGAUUUGUCAAAUGGGAUCCAUAAGGCACUACUCUGUCUCCUCUAUAGCCCAUUGAGAGUUUGAAACCCCUGUUCAGCAACUUGUUAGCUCUCCUGAGCUAAGCCUUGCCGUGCAGGUCCCGCUCAUUAUAUGGGCAAUGAGCUAAACCCUGCAAUGCCGAGCUGUAGUGGAGACAGAAAGCAGUGCCGGGUGGAACCGUGGGGGUGGGUUUACCAGGCAACCUGUAGCACCAUAACCACUACAGAGCACUGUAAGUUUUGAUAAUAUUAAGCACAUCUUUUUUUUCCACACAAGAUCUGCAUGUGAUUAAACUUCAUAACUUUUUCCCCAUUGCCAGCAAGGACAUGUAAGAUUUGUAAUUAUUUUUGAUUUAAAUUUUUUUUUUUUUUUUUUAAUGCAGAGUACAUAUGAGUCUGUUUUCAAUGCUGAUUCGCUCAAGAAUGUACCAUGGUACAUAACUGCAGGAAAUCACGAUCACAAUGGGAAUGUGUCCGCUCAGAUCGCGUACUCCAAGGUGUCCCCUCGCUGGUAAGCCUUGUUCUAUCUAUCUAUCUGUACUGGUUUCAUAAUAAGCUGAAACUCAAUGUGUGGUAACAUUGAGAACAGACAAACCUGUAUUGUCCCCUCCCCUGUGACUAGUGCCCACUCUAGUUCCAAAUGAUAAAUCCACAAACACGAUGAAAGAGAAUCUAACACUUAGUCCAUAAUGGUUGUGGGGUAAUUAGGGCAUAACCCAACAUAGACCGCUCUUGACAAAGGCACUUAUCGGCACCGAAACGCGCGUCGAGCAGACGCUCCACAGGUCAGCUUUUGCAUGCCUUAGCAUCUUGCUAUUACUAUAAAUCUUAAUGAUCUCCCUGGGCAAAUAGGCAGUUUCUAUUUUUAGGCAGUGGUAGAUGUGUUAGUAUCGGCUAUUUUAGGUAGAUAAUAGGCUGCCUUGAAGCAGCAGUGUUUAGCUUAUUUCACACUGGCUAUAUCUAGUUUGAGGGGUUACCCUAAAGCAGUUAUUUACAAAAAUGUAUGGGCAUCUUUUCUAUAUUAUUGGCUAAUCUCUGUAUCUUCAGGGUGUAUCCUAUAUGGGACUACUUGUUCCUUCACUUAUGAGCGGACCAAUUUAGGUCUGCAUACUUGUCUAUCAUCUAUAUAUUAUUAUACUGGCUCUGAGCACUUGACCAUAAAGGAUAUUAUACUAGGGGUAAUGUCAUAUUCAAUUGUCGGUUUCCCAACUGUUCUAGUUUCUCAGCCUGGGGUUUACUGCUUUGGAUUACCCCAUAUAUUCCUAUUUCCUUUUCUUUCUCAGGUUUUUUAAUGAUUAGUUAAGCUGAUUAAUAAGACAGUCACUGGUUAACACCAUACAGAGCCUUCUUUACUCUACAAUUUCUGCCUAUGAUCCAUUACACUGCCUUAGAAUCAGUUUGCUGUUCUUUAGCUACAUAUAUUGUUCUAUAUUAGAUACUAUAUCAGACAUUCCUAGCCCCCAGCAGCUUAUAAGACUUAGCUGGUGCUUUCAAUUUGUAUGCAAUUUUGCAACAUAGUAUCAGGUUACAUUCACCUGCUUUCUAGUCUAUUUCCAAGCUGGGAGAUCAUUCUGACUAUCUCUAUAAGAUCUAUCUGCUUGUCCAAUUUUAUUUAUUUUACAUUUUUUCAUUUCAUCACAUUUUUCUGGCACAGUUUUUGUGUGUGGUUUUUGUAUCAUCAUUGUAGGGAUUUAAUAAAGUUGUUAAUUAUCAUUUUUUAAGGUUUUCUUAUUCCUAUGUUGGACUAGUACUUUAAUAAGGGUAAUAGGAUUGGUACUGGGCUUGUUUUUCACUAGUCUCUACUAAUCUUCUUAUUAACUAGUUCCAAAUGAGUUUUGGCCAGUGUGAGCCAUUAAUGAAGGCACCUAUACAGUUUGCAUAAUAGACUGAUCUACCAGAGCAGUCCACUGUGCAUGGAAGAUACAGCAGAUCCACCAUUGUUUUGAUCAAUCUUGUCACUGUUCUAUGGCUGUUACCCUGCUACCAAAAUUGAGCAUGUAUUCUAAAUAUUGAUUAUGUUUUAAACUCUGAGGAAAACCCCAAGAAUUUGAUUGGUUUAAAAAAAAAAAUUAAAAAAAAAUGUUUAAUGUGUUUUUAAAGGAACAGAGUAGGCACCAUAACCACUUUGACGGAUUGUAGUGGUUAUGUUGCCUGGAGUCUGUGAGAUCCAGGUUCUGCAUUAAUGUUAAACAGUUUACUUACCGUUUAGCAGUGCGGUACAGCAGGCCAGUCUCUAUUGACGAUACAGUGGAGAUAUGCUUCCACUUCUCACCAUACCAAUACAUUCCUUGAACUAGGGAAGUGGUUGACUUAUAGCUGUUGCUGUAUUGAGUGAAGUGGGGCAUAGCUCUACCUCAGUCAUUGCAUCAUGGGAGGCUGGGAUGCUGUGGAAUAAACCUCUCUCCUAAUCGGUGUGUAAACUGUUUAAUAGCCAUGCGAUACCCGACGCUUCUAGGCACUAUAACUACUUUAGUCUAUUGAAGUUGUUAUGGUGCCCACACUACCUUUAACAAGGUGGUUUUUUUUUUGUUUUUUUACUUUUUAUUUAUUUUUUUUUAAAUCAAUGUAUAUAAUGAAACUGUCAAUUCAACACGUGAUUUAGAAAUUUACACACAGCCGCAACGUUCCUCUCAGUACAAGAGCUGUCUACACCAAGGUGCAAAUCUUGAUAUAUUCUAAGAAACAAUCUCACACAAAUUUUGCAUCAUUUUAUUGUAAAUGAAGAAACCACGUAUUCAUUACACUUGCUUAAGUUUCCAUUCCUCCAUACCUUGCUUGUGGAUUUGUAAAGGACUUUGGACUCAAUUUAACCCCAAAGCUGCUUCCAGUGUCCACUCCCUCCCCCACAUAUCCCCCAACACCACCAGCAUCUCUCUUCUGAAAGUACAAUAUACACAGAAAAAUACAAAAUGUAAAGGGUGCCCUGCUGUGGGCACUAUUGCAAAGGUAGAGGAUAUGAACGCACUAUCCAGGGAGUACUCCCACCAGGGUGCUCCAGACAGAUCCAGGAAAGAUUCACUGGAAUAAUGUAGAUCUGGGAACACCUGGUGGUUUCUUCAGUAGUGCAGAAGAAAAACAACAUUUCAGCUCCUUGGAGCCUUUAGCAAGGAGCCAAAACGUUGUUUUUGUUCUGCAAUUUAUAAUAAAGCUGCCUACUGUAGAGCCCACCAGAUGUGCCCUGAUCUACAUUGUUCUAGUGAGCUGAGAUAUAGGUUUUGCAGCUAUUCUAUGUGAAUUAGCUAGAUGACUCGAGAGCAGAUAAGGAAAUAUAAAAAUAGUUCAACAUCAAUCUAAACACAGCUCCGUUCCAGGCAAUUACAGAACAUUAUAGAGACAUACAGUUGUACAACUCCUCCGUGGAAUUCACAAGUCUUUUCAGAAGGCAUCUAUACAUAUUUGCUGAUGACCAAGAAUCGGUUAGGUUGCAAAACAAUUGGCCUUCUCUUGCUGGACAUCCACUCAGUUCUGUUGGAUGUCAUAGCCCAACCAAACAUUCCAGGGUUGGCCCUCAACCCUUAAAGUAUGUUCCCCUGGUCAAUAGCAGGUGAGGCACAAGAUGUUAGCUUUCCUAAAAUACAACUACCAGUAUUUGGCAGCAGGGACUUUAAGGAAACACUCAGCUUCUGCAAUAAAGGGGUUAAGGAAGUUGAUACAUUUAAUUUGGUGAACAGUGACCCCUACAGGUAGCUAAUGCCUAUGCUGGAUUUUGCCUACUCAAGGGUGACUGGACACAGUCACAAUAUAAUUGACUGGGAUUAUCCUCAUUGUGUAACUAUGUUUGUGUUGUGUUGGAAGCUGUGCAAAAAGAAUAAAGGACAACAUUGUGAUAACAGUGACACAACCAUUACCACUAUGCAUGCACACAGCCAAUAGAAUAGUGUAGAUCAUGGGUGCCCAAAAGAUAGAUCCCAAGAUGUUGUAGAACUACAACUCACAUGAUGCUUUGCAUGCCUUUAGAAUGAAAAAGCAUCAUAGAAGCUGUAGUUGUACAUCAUCUGGGGAUCUACCUUUUUGGCACCCCAGGUGAAGCUUUGUAUGUUACUCUAACAAGGGGACGGUUAGACCUGCUGUGAUUUUGAACACACUUACUUCCUAAGACUCUUAAUACUCUAACUCCUGUGAUGUUUUCCUUUGCAGGAAGUAUCCUAAUUUAUACUAUGAUCUGUCGUUCACAAUCCCAAGCACCAAUGUGUCAGUCCGACUCCUGCUCCUAGACACUGUGACUUUAUGUGGGAACUCUGAUGAUUUCCUCUUGGGGCAACCAGAGGGCCCAGCGGAUGAAAAGGUGGCUGUGGAGCAGCUAGAGUGGUUGGAGGAGAAACUGCGUGGAUCCAAGGAGCAGUACUUGCUGGUGGCUGGACAUUACCCGGUGUGGUCUGUGGCAGAGCAUGGGCCAACCCACUGCCUAAUUAAAGAUGUGGAACCGCUUUUUAAAAAGUACAAUGUCACUGCCUACCUGUGUGGGCAUGACCACAACCUACAGGUAACUACCUAAAAUUACCAGCAAAUGUGUUAUUGGCAAAACAUGCUAUUCUGUAGAGAAUAAGAGACCGGCAGCAAUGUGAUUGUACAAACAUAACUUAGGGUUGGUGUCCUUUUUGCACACAAAGCUUUAUAUCAUGAAACUUUCUGUUUUAAACCUACACUUUGCACACCAACCUUGGCCUCAUAAUCGUGCUGUGUUUAUCUCCCUGUUCGAAUCUCUUUAGUUUUUUUUAAGUGUUUUUGUUUGUUUUUUUCCUCCAGCUUUAUGCAACAUAACAUUAGCCAUGCUCCCUCUUUUCACAAACUAGUUUCUGUACUAGAUAUGUUCUGAGUACAUGCUCAGCCUAUAAGAGAUCAGUGUUAGGGUGGGACUUUUUCGAUUGCAUGCCUUUGAAUGUUGGAAGGUAUGAGGUACAAAGAGGAUAGUGAUUGGCUAAGGGAUGGAAUGAUGCCACCAGUUAGCUCCUAAAUAACACAUCUAAUAAGGAAGUUGCUUUGUAAAAAGAGAGUGCAUGUCUAUAGGUAUAGGGUUAUUGUUGCAGAAAAUAAAAAAGCAAACGGAGUAUGAAUGGAAAAACACAGCAUAAUUGAGGCCAAUAUCUUAAAGGAUCACUAUCGCGUUAGGAAUACUAACAUCGUUCUGCCGAUCUGCCUGCUUGGCUGAGUUCCUCAAACGCCAUGCUGCGACUCUGUUCUCAACAUGGAUACACUUCUACUGGCUGUCUGGAAGACUGCCACAAGAGGUGUGUUUACCCUGCAAUGGAAACAAUUAUUUUCUAAAAAACAAACAAACUAGAAACUCCCUUAAUAGAUGGACUGAGGUGAAUAACAAUGUGUUAAAAAGCCAUAUCCAGGCAACAAUAUAACUUAAAGUUGGAAAAGUAGAUUCUGGUAAUCUUUAAAAUGCUAAAGUAAAAAUGUUCUCAUUUGCAGUAUCUUCAGGAUGACGCUGGCAUUGGCUACGUACUUAGUGGUGCCGGCAAUUUUGUGGAGCACUCUCUGAAGCAUAAGGACAAGGUCCCGGAAGGCUAUCUGCGAUUCUACGAAGCUGAGCUUGAAAACAUGGGGGGGUUUGUCUAUGUACAAAUAACACCUAAGGAAAUGACCAUCACAUACAUACAGCCAGGGGGCAAAUCUCUCUUCCAGACCACCCUGCAUCCUCGCUUCAUGUAA